UGUUUUUCCCUGUCCUGCUAGCAGUGCCGCUGGCAGGAAAGCCCCGUGCUCGCAGGGAUGUAGCGUAAUUGGUCAUUUAUUUACCUGACUUGGAAGGGACGACUGGUCAGGGUGUGUUUUCUGCGUGUGGCUCUCCUUUGCCCAUCCACCAUCUAUAGGAGCUCGGUCACGCUUGCAGUGGGAAUUCUCUUGUGGAAACUAACAGGGAUGCCAAAGGAAAAAUAUGAUCCUCCAGAUCCUCGCAGAAUUUACACCAUCAUGUCAGCAGAAGAGGUAGCCAACGGGAAGAAGUCGCACUGGGCUGAAUUGGAGAUCUCGGGUAGAGUGCGGAGCUUAAGUACGUCUCUCUGGUCGCUGACGCACUUGACUGCUCUGCACCUCAAUGACAAUAAUCUUACUCGCAUUCCACCUGAUAUUGCCAAGCUUCAUAAUCUGGUUUACCUGGAUCUGUCAUCCAACAAACUCAGAAGUUUACCAGCAGAACUAGGAAACAUGGUAUCUCUCAGGGAAUUGCUUUUAAAUAACAAUCUGUUACGGGUUUUGCCUUAUGAACUUGGACGUCUCUUCCAGCUACAAACCCUAGGUUUGAAAGGCAAUCCUUUAUCACAAGAUAUUCUCAGCCUCUACCAGGAUCCAGACGGAACUCGAAAGCUACUGAACUACAUGCUCGACAAUCUAGCAGUUCAUCCAGAGCAGCUGCCUCCAAGGCCAUGGAUUACUUUAAAAGAACGAGACCAAAUUCUGCCCUCAGCUUCGUUCACAGUUAUGUGUUACAACGUGUUGUGCGAUAAAUACGCCACCCGGCAGCUCUACGGCUACUGCCCAUCUUGGGCACUCAACUGGGAGUACAGAAAAAAGGGAAUCAUGGAAGAAAUCGUCAACUGUGAUGCAGAUAUCAUUAGUCUUCAGGAAGUGGAAACAGAGCAAUACUUCACCCUUUUUCUGCCAGCCUUGAAAGAACGGGGAUACGAUGGCUUCUUCUCUCCAAAGUCACGUGCCAAAAUCAUGUCCGAGCAGGAGAAAAAGCAUGUGGACGGCUGUGCAAUAUUCUUCAAAACUGAAAAAUUCACGCUGGUGCAGAAGCAUACGGUGGAGUUCAACCAGGUGGCCAUGGCGAACUCUGAAGGUUCAGAAGCCAUGUUAAACAGAGUGAUGACGAAGGACAACAUCGGAGUUGCUGUGGUGUUGGAGGUGCACAAAGAAUUAUUUGGAGCAAGUAUGAAAUCGCUUCAUGUGGACAAACAGCUGCUUAUUGUGGCCAAUGCCCACAUGCACUGGGACCCCGAAUACUCAGAUGUGAAACUCAUUCAGACUAUGAUGUUUGUCUCGGAACUGAAAAAUAUCCUGGAGAAAGCCUCGAGCAGGCCCGGUAGCCCAACAGCAGAUCCUAACUCUAUCCCUCUGGUGCUGUGUGCGGAUCUCAACUCAUUGCCUGAUUCAGGUGUAGUGGAAUACUUAAGCAAUGGCAUAGUAGCUGACAACCACAAGGACUUCAAGGAGUUGCGUUACAACGAGUGUCUCAUGAACUUCAGUGGCAACGGAAAAAACGGGGCUUCUGAAGGAAGAAUAACGCAUGGCUUCCAACUCAAGAGCGCCUACGAAAACAACUUGAUGCCUUACACCAAUUACACUUUUGAUUUCAAAGGUGUGAUUGACUACAUUUUCUAUUCCAACACUCACAUGAACGUGCUUGGUGUCCUGGGGCCUUUGGACCCUCAGUGGCUGGUUGACAACAACAUCACUGGGUGUCCACACCCUCACAUCCCUUCAGACCACUUCUCACUGUUAACACAACUCGAACUCCAUCCUCCGCUCCUGCCUCUUGUCAACGGUGUGCACUUGCCGAACAGGAGGUAGUGUGGAGCCCUGCCCCUUUGAGGGCAAGGACCUGUUGUUACGGACCUGUACAGUUGUAAAUCAAAGUAUAUAGGAGUGAAGUAUGGCCAACCUUAAGCUGCUUCUUCAAGCUCCUUUCCUUAUGUGUUUGAGAUGAGAUUUUGCACAUUUUGGUGCAUAUUGGUAUCAUUUGGCACUAGGGCUGGAACCAAAGUAUUAUUCCCUUUCCAGGUUUUUAAUUUAAGUUUGGGGUUUUUUGUUUUUUUUUUGUUUUUUUUUUUUUUUUAAAAAACUGGCAAGCUUUUUCUUUUCGGUAGGAAGCUGCACUUAUAAAUGGAGAAAUGAGAUUAAAAACUUGCUUAUUGACAUAUUUCAAGAGAACGCUUUUUUCCAGAACGUGGCGAAAUGAGCCAGCCUUUUAGGAGAAAGGAAAACAAAAAUAGAAACGCUUGUUUUGUAGGAAGGCUAUUAGAAAUACUGUUUGUUUGAACCCAAAACGCAGACUGAACUCUGCAUCCGAAAUAAAUUUUGCACAUUAGCGAAGCACUUAAUUCCUGAUUAUAAAUGAUUAGCAGCGUGGUCCUGCCCCUCCUCUAACUCAUAUUAGAAAACCAAAGAUGGCUUCAUACCUGUGAUAAAAUCGGAGGUCUAAAUUCUCCUGAUGUAAUUUCCUUCACAACGAAAUUUCCAGCCAAGCUGCGUCUCGCAAGACAUUGCGGGUGAGCGUUUAACGCUGCGUGUAGAUCGCUUGCUCGGCCGAUGCCGCGGUGAUUAGUUUUUUCCGGAGCUCUGAAGGACUCCGUCCUUCCUGGGCGAGACGCGCAGGGAUCCGAAGGAACCUCUCCGCUCCGGCAAAGCCGGGGCGACGCUGUUGAGCAGCGCAGUUUGGGAGCAGGACGUAGAAAUGGUAAGAAAUUGCACUUGAAGCGAUUGCCGUCGCCAGCCUUCGGGUUGUGGGGGAGUAAAGACGGUGCAAAUCCCUCCUAGCUUCCCUUUUUUCCAAAGUUCGGUCUCAAAGACGGGAAGCUUGGGAUUAACCACCUAAGCGUAGGGUACGGGGAGAAGCCGCUGGAAAUGACCUUUCUUCUGUCUCCGAAGGGCCCGCGCAGCAGCUGGCGACAAGCUUUUUUCACCGGGGGAGCGAGCGGUAGCCGUAGUCAUUCCUUGGGAUUAUUUUUCCUGACCCUAGUUGCCAAAUAGCCAUCCCACCUUUUUUAAAAUAAUCUCGCUUUUCUGUUGUCGGUCAGGGUUGAAUUAAAAAGCUGCUGGUUCAUUCCCAACUGUUAAUGCUCUUUGGAUGUGUUGGAAAUCCUUUUUUUUUUUUUUUUUUUUUCUUUUUUCCCCAUUUUUAUGCUUUAGGUGGCCAGUUCAAAACCUUGUGCCUCAAGAGGCGUUAAACAUAAUGCAAUUUUCUGAAAAAUUGGUUGGCUGCUUAAUGUUUAAAAAAAAAAAAAAAAAAAAAAAAGGGCAAAACAACAAAUGGCACAGUGAUAGGAAAAGGUCGUGUCUGUGUUUUUAAGUUUUUCCUUAUUCUGCUUUUUUGCUGCUAUAAGAUUUUCUUGAAUUUAUAUUUUAAACUUUUCAUGCACUUUACUGUUUCUAGUCUCAAAAUGUGAUAUUUUUAAUAAAUGAAAAAAAUUUUCCAUGAUGUGAAUGAAAUUUUUAAAGAGAUUGAUAGCCUAUAUUUAUGUCUCAUUCGUAUACUUAAAAAAAAAAAACCAAAAAAAAGUCAAAUUUAAAAUUGUGAAAUUAAUUUUAAAUACUAAGGAGCCAUCUUCUGCCUCGCAAAACUGCCAAGUCAGGCUGUUCCUCUAACUCUAUAAUUAAGCGUUUCCUUUGUCGUUUUAUACGUAGGAAAUUACCCAUAGGAAAAAAUUAAUAAUAAUAAUAAUAAUAAUCAAUUGGAUCUAGAGUAGAAACUAUUCCCUGACUCUUGUUGGGGGCCGGGGAGGGGGUGGUGUGGGACAGAACGCAAAGAGGGGUUUAACGAAACCGUAGCUCCCUUGGAAAAGAAGUGCCUAAAAAAACCCACCAAAAAGAAAAAAAAGAAAAAAGGAGGCGUCAUCUAUUGUCUGCUCUAAAUUGGAAGCGAUCGCAGCCGGGUGAAAUCCCCGGAGAGCGCUAAAAACAAACAAACCCACAAACAAAGCCCUUUUUAAAGACGGAUUUUCCUCGAGGUGCAGGUAUCUCUUUUUUAACAUACCUCAGCGUUCGCCACCUGGCCAUUGCCCGUAAAUUGCGGGAGCGAUUUGAGAGUAUAGUACUGGAAAGUAGAAUAGCAUGAAAAACUUAAUUUUGUGGACAUUACCUUUCUGUAAUCAGCUACUGUAUCUUUUUUUUUUUUUUUUUUUUU